AUGGACGUUAGUAUUGCUAAGAACAACGGGGCUUUCGUACUGGGCUGUCAAAAUCGAUUUGACGACGGAACGCGCUCGAGCGACGACGCGUCGACCACGUCCAAUGGACCAGGCAAGCUCGGCGCCGGCUUUCGAGAUACGGACGAGUGUCGAGUUCGAAAUCUAGGAAGCCUCGUCUUAUUUCAAGAUCCCAGCAGUUUCUCGCUCCUAUCUCCAUCGCCGCUGAUCGCUCAGCCCGACAAGAUACUCCUACCCAACGCGCCAAUCUCGGGUCCAGGCACAUCGAGGUCGGGUCUUAGCAAGACACAUGCGCAAGGCGCCUCACCCAAGAAUCCGACCCUGACCCCGACCCCGACUCCGACCCAGACCCAGACCCAGACCCAGACCCGACCGCUUCGCGCGAGAAGCCCCGAGUCCGGCGACCUCAACGCCGAUAGUGUGGCGUAUCUGGACCUUCCUGAUCAUACCAUUGCCUCCUCCGGCUUACUACCAUUCGGCAGCGAUAAGAAACUCUAG